AUGUCCGCUGUUGCUCAACAAGUUGCUAAGAAAGUUGAUUUUAACAAGAUCAUCAAGAGUUUGGGAUUAACCGGCUCAACAGCAGCUUCAUUACAGGCAUUCAAAAAGAGAUACGAUGAAGCUAAAAAAAAUUAUAUAGAUUUGCAAGCUCAAACAACUGAGAUUGAUUUUAACCACUACAGAUCAGUAUUGAAAAAUAGUAAGGUUGUUGAUGAAAUUGAAAAAGCUGUUACAUCAUUCAAACCAGUCACGCUCGAUCUUUCCAAAAAUUUGAAAAACAUUGAAAUUUACGAACAAAAGGCAAUUGAAAAUGCUAAAUUGACUGAAAAAUCGGUAACUCAAGAGAUUGCUCAAUUACAGGCUACUUUGAAGGAUAUUGAAAGCGCUAGACCAUUUGACCAAUUGACUGUUGACGAUGUUGCCAAUGCUACCGAUGUCGAUGCCAAGGUUACAUAUAUGGUAAAGAAUGGUAAAUGGAAUGUUCCUGGUUACAAGGAGAAGUUUGGUGACUUGGCUGCUAUGUAG